AUGGUGUACAAGUCGUUGACUGAAGCUCCUCACAACCUCAAGGAGGCUGUUGACUGGUUGAUAGCUUUAAAGGGAGCCGAUGCUGAAAAGAACUUGGCUGCUAUGGGUGCUGCAGUUCACAAGUUUCUCGCCGAUAAACCUGUUGGUAGCAUGAACGUGCCAGGUCUCGAAGAAGUUAAACUUAUUACUAAGGAAUUCCUGAAAAAUCCGGCACUUAAAGAAAUGUGGCCCACACAAUCGGUGCUGAGGAGGUUCAACGAGGUUAUAAAUAAAGAACCAGGAACCCUAUCUAGGUGGUUUGGAGAUGUCUACGAUAGCGAUUAUAAGAACGUCAUACAGACCAAGGGUCUAACUCCUGUAACUAUCGCAAAGAAGUUAUCUAAAGCUGUAGAUGGUUGUGAGAAGUUCUUGGAAGAUGUAAAACACCCCGAGCAGUACGAGUCUGCUUACAGUUCAGAAGCUACUUGGGAGAAAUCAUGUUCGGAGAAGCCGGAAGCUUGUGCGGUGGUUUUAGUGGGGAUCGCGCCAAUGUUUUACGCAGGUCUGCGUUCUUUGAAGGUUGCAUGCAAGGUUGCACAACUAGCUCCGAAGCUAAGGGUUUAUGUGCCCUCUAGUAGCGUGGGAAGUCUACUGCUAGCUUCUGGUUACCAGGAAAAGCAAUGGCCCACUGCAAUGACCCCUUCAUAUGUCGCUACGGCGUUGAAAGAUAUAACUUAUCAAGUGUUGGUCACAUUCUACGACCUCGCUGGAUUCUGGGCUUUCUAUUGGGUUGGGAAUCACGAAUGA